AUGGAUGCUUCGAGGGAAAUGCCAGGGUAUGCAAAAAUGAUGAAGGACCUGAUGUCGCGAAAAUUUGACUUCCAGGACCUGUCCACUGUAACUCUGACACAGACCUGCAUCGCGAUAAUGACAAGGCCUACAGCUCAAAAGGUGUCUGAUCCAGGUAGUUUCACUAUCCCAUGCACCAUUGGGAGUUAUGCUUUUGCUAAAGCAUUGUGUGACUUGGGAGCCAACUUCGUCAUUCUUGACUGUCAAGUGGAUGAAGAGAUACCAAUCAUUCUGGACAGGCCGUUUUUACCCACUAGGAGAGCAUUGAUUGAUUGUGAGACUGGAGAAUUGAAAAUGAGGUUGAAUAAUGAAGAGAUAAUAUUCAAUGUUCAACAAUCUAUGAGGAGACCCAGCAAAUUUGCAAAUUGCUCACUAGUGGAGGCCAUAGAUGUAAUACUACAAGAGGAUGAUAAGACUAUUAAUGUCAGGGAUCCAUUAUAA